UGAAGGGAGGAUGGAGGGCUGAAGGGAGUCACAUGGACCAAAACUUUCUGACUGAUGUCCACAAGACACUGUUGCUUGUUUUGUCCUCUCUGAGACUUACUGCUUCACCCCGAAGCGCCCAAAGUACGUUAGGAAGUUAGUAAACUGGACUUUAGCGUUAGCUUUAGCAUUGUUUAUGUUGUUUUGUAUUAAACUGUAGCGGCACUGCGGUGAACUUCAGCGUUGUUUCAGCAUGUUUUCAACUUGGAGGCUGUCGACGGAUGGUUUGAAGUUGUAAUUUUUGACAGAACGGAUUCAUACGAGUGAUUUGGUCGCUUUUAAUCGCACAGAGAGGAGUUAUAAUGACUGAGGAAGGUAAAGCAGAGCAGCGGACUGAGAGCACCGAGAAGCAGCUGCGGCUGCGCGCCUGCGUGCUGGGGGAGCUCCUGAAGACUGAGCGGGACUACGUGAACACGCUGGAGUUUCUCUCGGUGUUUCUUCAUCGACUCAACCAGUAUGCCGCCACUAAAAUCGAUAAGAACAUCACUGAAGAGACUGUUAAGGUGCUAUUCUCUAAUCUGGAGGAGAUUCUGAUUGUGCAUAGAGAUUUCCUGGCCAUGGUAGAGGAGCUGCUGCAGCCGGACCCCCAUCCGCACCAUGAAGUGGGACGAUGCUUCCUGCACUUUAGAGACAGGUUUCAGAUUUAUGAUGAGUACUGUGGAAACCACGAAAAGGCCCAGAGGCUGCUGCUGGAGCUCAAUAAGAUCAGGAGCGUUCGCACGUGUCUUCUGAACUGCAUGCUGCUUGGUGGACGGAAGAACAUAGAGGUUCCGCUGGAGGGCUACCUGGUGGCUCCCAUCCAGAGGAUCUGCAAGUACCCCCUGCUGCUCCGAGAGCUGCUGAAGAGAACGCCAAAGAAGCACAACGACUACUCCCUGGUUCAGGAGGCCCUGCAGGUGAUGAAGGCGGUGUGUUCCAGCAUUAACGAGGCCAAAAGGCAGAUGGAGAAACUGGAGGUGCUGGAGGAGUGGCAGUCUCACAUUGAGGGAUGGGAGGGCUCUAACAUCACGGACAGCUGCACAGAGAUGCUGAUGCAGGGCGUGCUGCUGAAGAUCUCCGCCGGGAACAUCCAGGAACGCAUAUUCUUCCUCUUCGAUAACCUGCUGGUCUACUGCAAGAAGAAGAAUAGGCGUUUGAAGAACAGUAAGGCGGCCACUGAGGGCCCUCGGUAUCAGUUCCGGGGUCGAAUCAACACUGAGGUGAUGGAGGUGGAGAAUGUGGAUGAUGGUACAGCGGACUACCACAGCAGUGGCAACAUUGUCAACAACGGCUGGAAAAUCCACAACACGGCGAAGAACAAGUGGUUUGUGUGCAUGGCCAAAACGCCGGAGGAGAAGCAGGAGUGGCUGGAGGCCAUCUUGAAGGAGCGGGAGAGGAGGAAAACUCUGAGGUUGGGGAUGGAGCAGGAUACCUGGGUGAUGAUCUCAGAGAAAGGAGAGAAGCUCUACAACCUCAUGAGUAAACAGGGCCACCUCAUUAAGGACAGAAAGCGCAAACUCACCACCUUCCCCAAGUGCUUCCUGGGAAGUGAGUUUGUGGCCUGGCUGAUGGAGAUCGGAGAGACUGAUAACCCAGAAGAAGGAGUUCACCUGGGUCAGGCUCUGCUGGAGAACGGCAUCAUUCACCACGUCACAGAUAAGCACCAGUUCAAGCCAGAGCCGGUGCUGUAUCGCUUCCGUUUUGACGACGGCACGUACCAUCCUCGCAGCGAUAUGCAGGACGUCAUCUCCAAGGGUGUUAGGCUGUUCUGCAGGCUCCACAGCCUCUUCACGCCUGUGAUCAGGGAUAAAGACUACCAUUUAAGAACAUACAAAUCUGUGGUGAUGGCCAACAAGCUGAUAGACUGGCUCAUUGCACAGGGUGACUGUAGAACGAGAGAGGAGGCGCUGAUUCUGGGGGUGGAGCUCUGUGACAAUGGAUUCAUGCAUCAUGUGCUGGAGAAGAGUGAGUUUAAGGAUGAGCCACUGUUGUUCCGAUUCUUUGCUGAUGAAGAGAUGGAGGGCUCGAACACCAAGCACAAGCCCAUGAAGCACGAUCUGAAAAUAGUGGAGAACGUCAUCGCUAAGUCUCUGCUGAUCAGGCCUAGUGAUGGUGGAUACGGCUUCACCCUGGAGGAUCGUAACAGAGUGCCCAUCAUUAAGUCAGUGGAGAAGGGCUCCCAUGCAGAGAUGGCUGGGAUGGAGGUGGGGAAAAAAGUCUUUGCCAUCAACGGAGACCUGGUGUUCCUGAGGCCAUUUCAUGAGGUGGAGAGUUUCCUGAAGCAGUGCUUCAACAGCAAAGGUCCGCUCAGGGUGCUGGUCAGCACCAAACCCAGAGAGACGGUAAAGAUUCCGGACUCAGCGGAUGGUCUGGGCUUCCAGAUCCGUGGAUUUGGACCAUCUGUGGUUCAUGCAGUCGGCAGAGGCACGGUUGCAGCUGUGGCUGGACUGCACCCGGGUCAGUGCAUCAUUAAAGUCAACGGCAUCAACGUGAGUAAGGAGAGUCAUGCCAGCGUGAUCGCGCACGUCACCGCCUGCAGGAAAUACCGCAGACCCACUCAGCAAGACUCCAUAAAGUGGGUUUAUAAUAACAAUGAGAGCGCCCAGGAGGACCACCAGAAGACCAACCAAAAGCCCAGUUCAGAGGAGAACGGGGAUGUGUUUGAGUGCAAAGUGGAAGAGGUGAUGGACAAGUUCAACACCAUCGCUAUGAUCGACGGCAAGAAGGAUCACGUGAGCCUGACGGUGGACAACGUGCACCUGGAGUACGGUGUGGCGUACGAAUACGACAGCACUGCCGGCAUCAAGUGUCACGUACUGGAGAAAAUGGUGGAACCCAAAGGCUUCUUCAGCCUCACAGCCAAGAUUCUGGAGGCUCUGGCAAAGAAUGAUGAGGCUUUGCUGCAGACGUGUAGCCGGAUAAACUCCAGCACGGAGCUCAUCCCCGAGGACCUGCAGAACAGGUUCAGCUCCAUGUGCAGUGAGAGAUUGGAGCACAUCAACCGCCGCAUCACCAACUACAGGAAGUUUUCCCGGGUGCUAAAGAACAGAGCCUGGCCCACAUUUAAGCAGGCCAAGACCAAGGUGUCUCCGCUCCACAGCAGCGAUUUCUGCCCCACCAACUGCCACAUUAACGUGAUGGAGGUGUCCUACCCCAAAACCACCACAUCGCUGGGCAGCGCCUUCGGGGUCCAGCUGGACAACAGGAAGAACUCCACUUUGGAGAAAGCAAGCCGAAGCACAGAGCAGGGUAAGCUGAAUCCCAUGGUGUACGUCCAGCACUGUAUCGGCAGUAUGGCGGCUCCGUCGGGUCACAGUCUGGGCCGGACAGAGGGACACGGUCUGCGCUUCUUGCUGAGGGAGGAGGACCUGCUCACUGUGGACGCUUACCACAAACUCCUCACCAAACUGACCACUGUGGUGAAAGAGAUGGAGUGCUACGCUGCUCAGAUUCAUGAUUUGCUCUCCUCAAUCACUCACCCUAGCAGCAGUACUGAGUUGAAGGCGGAGGGAGUGAUCAGUGCAGAGUGUGAUGGAGAGAAAGGCGAGCGGAGAAGAGUUUGUUUUAAUACCGGAGAGGAGCAGGAGGACUCAGGACACGACACUAUCAGCAACAGAGACUCAUACAGUGACUGUAACAGUAACAGAAACUCCAUAGCCUCCUUCACCAGCAUCUGCAGCAGCCACUGCAGCUCAUACGUCCACAGUGAUGAGAUGGACUCAGGAGAUGAGAUGCCAGCCAGCGUGUGGAUAUCUCAUGACAAGCAGAAGAAGCUCCACAGCUUCCUGGAGCACCUGUUCAGCCAGGUGGACUCCAUCACAGGUCUCCUGAAGGGGGCGUCGGUAGCUCGGGCCUUUGAACAGACAAAGUGUUUCACUCCAGGACGAGGUCUUCAAGAGUUUCUCUCUGAUCUGGAGCCGAAGCUGAACUGUACGAAGAAACUGCGGCUUCACAUCAGACACGACCCCUGGAACCUGCCCAGCAGCGUCCACACACUCACACACACGCUCAGCAAGGCUGUGGAAGAGGUGAAGACGAGGCUAUUGUUGGUGUUACUCCAGUAUUCAGACUCGGAGGUGCAGUUGCGGAGGGAUAUGGUGUUUACUCAGAGUUUAGUUGGAGCAGUUUGCUGUUUUUCGGAGCAGUUUCUGGCCAUGUUGAAUCAGACUCUGAGUGGAGAGAGUGAGGGGCAGGAGAGCGCUCGCCGCUGGCUCGACCAGAUCUCCUCCACCGGCCUGCUCAUACACUUCCAGUCUCUACUCUCCCCCCACCUGACAGACGAACAGGCCAUGCUGGAGGACACUCAGGUGGCUCUGCUGGACCUGGAGAAGGUCACCUUCUACUUCAGACAGUUCGACGGGGAGCCGCUCGUCGCAAACAUGCCCAUCUCCUAUCAGGUGGAGGGUACGAGGCAGGCUGUGAAGGUGUUUUUCUAUCUGGAGGGUUUCUACUUCCAGCAGUUGCCCCAGAGACUGAGACACGGAGGAGGCUUCAAGAUUUACCCUGUUCUCUUCACUCAAGCAUUGGAGAGUAUGGAGGGUUAUUACUAUAGAGACAGUGUUUCUGCGGAGGAAUAUCAGGCCCAGAUUAAUGCAGCCUCUCUGGAGAAGGUCAAACAGUACUACAAACGACUCAGGGCCUUUUAUCUGGAUAAGUCUAACCUGACCCCGAGCUCAGCUCCCAAGGCUGCUUUCAUAGACAAGCUCCUGCGUCCUCUUAAUGCUCUCGAUGAACUCUAUAGGUUGAUGGAGGGCUUUGUGUGCUGUGGGCGGUCAGCUGCGUGCGGAGCAUCCGGGGUCGGGCUGAUCUCUGUGGCUUCAGAGCUCUGCAGUCGCCUGGGGGCCGCACACAUCCUCCUGUGUAACAGUGGAGUGCAUCGGUGUACUCUGAGUGUGACUCUGGAGCAGGCUCUCCUCCUGGCCCGCAGUCACGGCCUGCCGCCUCGGUGCAUCAUGCAGGCCACUGAUGUCAUGAGGAAACAGGGGGCCAGAGUGCAGAACUCAGCCAAAAACCUCGGAGUGAGAGACCGCACCCCAUCUUCAGUGCCAAGACUCUAUAAACUGUGCCAGCCUCCUCCCCCGGAUGGCGACCCUUGAACCUGAUCAGCCUGGAUGGAUAACACACACACACACUCACACCUCCUGAGGGGACCGUCUGGAAGUCCACCCACUCGCACCUUCCGCAGGAUCUGUCGUGCCUUGUUUCACCGCGAAGUGGUUUCCAGUGUACAUACUGUUGUUAUAGCUUUUUUAAAGCCCAUAUUGUUGUUGUUGUUUUGUUGCUGUUGUUGUUUUCGUUUUCUGUCCCCUUCUACAGAUCUGCAUCUCAUUUUAGAUUGAACAUCAAAACAAACUGUCCCUGUCUGUAGGCUGCUGUCAAACCCUUCACAUUAAUGUCAGUCAAACUACACUGAAAAGGGUAAUGCGGUGAAGUUACUUGAUUCAUAAGGGUGCGUCAUUUCUACAUGAAAAAAAAUCAUAAACUGGGGAUGCAAACUUUGGCAAAUUUGACUCAUAACUGACUGUCAAUAGUCAGCACUUAGCCAUGCUCUAAGCCAGUGUACAAUUCUUGUUGUAUGCACACUUAUGAGCACACAAAUCAACAUCACUGAGUAUUGUAUUAUUGCCCUGAUACAUAAAAAGGGUUCCUUGUGUGGAUCGUGGAACAUAGUACUGAUGGCUGAGGUCAAGCAUAAGUGUGAAUAUGAAGCCUGAAAGUGUAUUAAAUAUAGCCUAUACAACCCUGCAGUUGUGCGAUCAUUGUCUUGAAUGAUUAUUUUUAGCAGCACGGUUCAUUUUAGUAGGCCUAACUAGGAAAAAAGAAAUGCCUAUAGCGCCCUCAAGCAUAAAACAUUAAUGUUAAAAACGUUCCUCAAAUUGAACGAUAAACCUCUUCAAACAGGAACUGUUGUUUAUUGGAAAUGAAAUUCUAUUAAAGGGUAAUUUGGCUGUUUUUUUCUGCCCAGUUUGGUCAUUCAGAUAUAAACAGUCAUGUCAUUCAGAGUGGUUUGAUGUGAAAUGGUUCGUUUUAGAAAAAUCUCAAUUACACAAAUGCAUUUAGUUUCAAAAAACCACCAGUGACCCUAGAUGUGUCUUCUGAGUUUUACAUGUAUGGUAAAAUAGUGUUAAAUCUGAACACUGUGUCUCAGGCCUCAGGCUUCAUAUUCAUAACCAUUUUAUAUAAUAGCUUUCUGUGAGGGAGCUUUCAGAAGCAGAACUUUUCAGAUGUCUGGUUCCUAUCAUCACCACUGUGAACAAUUCUGA